UCUAAACGUAAAAAGUGCAAUCAGCUGGCCAACAUAGCGCUAGUCAGCUGUUAAAAUGUCGGCGUUCAGACGUGCAACAAUUGACGCUAUUUUUGGAAAUGAUACUUAUUUGCGACCCGGUAAAGAUGACGAUAGGCUACUUCAAUUAUUGAAUGCUGACGAUUCUGAGUUUGAAGGAGACUCAGAUGACGAUGAAGAUGGGAUAAUAAAUGCAGAAACAAUUGGUGAAACAAUAAUUGAAGAAGAAGAUUGGGAAGAAACCUUAGAAACUAUGGAUAUUAUAGAAGAUCAAAUAGAUGAAAAUCAAGAUGAUUAUGAUGGUGACUCAGACCCAGAAUUUGAUAUUCCACUUAGCAUUUUAAAGGAAAAAAUGUCAGCAAAAGCUAAAAGAAUGACUUGGAGAAAAUCUGACAGUUUCAAGGGAGUAGAAGUAGUCAAAGACGGUUUUGAAGAUUAUUUAAUCCAGAAGGACUAA